UGGCACUGGUUCAAAUGUCAGUAAUUGGUUGUGAUUAGGUGAUAAGAUCUGUCUUUCGCCGAUUUCAAAUUUUAAAAGAAGAAAUUUUUGUGAACGUGAAGACAUCCUGUAAACAUCUAAGUCAAGGUCUAGUCUUAUAGGCAAAACCCUCGACCAUGGUGUGCGUUUUCUGUGAUAUCAUCAAUGGGAAUGACAAAGAGAAAAUUAUUUAUGAGGAUAAUCAAGUUGUCGCUUUUCCUGAUAUAAAACCUGUUGCAAAAUUCCACUACUUGAUUGUUCCAAAAGAGCAUAUCUUGAAUGCCAAAGUUCUUGUAAAUGGUCAAAAACCUAUAGUUGAACAUAUGUACGCUACAGGAAAAAGGCUUCUCGAACAAAAAGGGGUCAAUUUAUCAUCAGCAAGAUUCGGAUUCCACUGGCCACCCUUCUACAGUGUCCCUCACCUGCAUCUUCAUGCAAUAGGCCCAACAUCAAAUAUGUCUUUCAUAGCUAGAGCGAUCUUCAGAGAAAACAGUUAUUGGUUCGUACCACCAGAAUAUGUAAUUAAUUCAUUGGAAGAAAACCAAGAAUAAAAAAUUCAGUAAGCAGUUAAACAAGAAGACGGGUUAGA